AUGAAGCCCUGCGUGCUCCUCGCCCUGCUGGCCCUGGCUGCACUCUGCCUCGCCAGCCAGACGGAUGCAAAGCCCCGUGGUGCAGAGUCUGACAGAGGAGCAGCCUUCGUGUCCAAGCAGGAGGGCAGUGAGGUGGUGAAGAGACUGCGGCGCUUCCUGGGCCCGGGGCUGGGAGCCCCAGCCCCCUACCCAGACCCCCUGGAGCCCAAGAGGGAGGUGUGUGAGCUCAACCCGGACUGCGACGAGCUGGCUGACCACAUCGGCUUCCAAGAGGCCUACCGGCGCUUCUACGGUGUCGCCUAG